GAUCCCUUGACUUGGAACUUUUUCUUAGUGUUUCAUAUACUUACCUAGAACCUGGUUUAUCUUCAUGUUCGGCGAAUAGUCAGUCAUCGGUAAUUUCUACCGGUGCUUAUUCGAUAUGCAUUCCGGUAACGCGUGUGGAUGUAAUACGUGGACUGUUUGAGCCGUCGGUAGAAUGGACGGCGAACACACCGAUGGAUUUAUCCAUAUUACGGAGUAGAUUUCAUUACUUGAUCGGGAUGGCGUGCACCUCAACUAGCCAACUUUGGAGGAGAUUUGCGUCAUGGUAUACUUAUGCGUUUGUCACAUUCGGCGAAAUUGCCUGACCGUGAGGUUGUCUCCAAACAUCCAUCUAUAACAAGCGGCUUCUCGGUUCCAUCCUUCGAAUCGGCGAACCGGUCAAAGGAUUACGAUUAAUCAAUUCCAAGUGCCCCUAAUGCAUUGUGACUGGAGUUAUAUCCACCAACACCUGUUGGUCAGGUUCUGCCUUGCUUCGGGCUUCCAAGCCUGAAUUUUGUCACAUAAAAGAUUAGUCUUGUCUCCAUUCCCUGCUCUCACAGAUCUUCAGAGUGAUCUCCAGAACUCUGAAUCACUACAGGAGUGUCGUUAGAAUGCAACCAUUAUGCCUUCUAGCCCUUACGGCUUUCCUUAGAGGCACCUGGGCCUUAGGUGCCAGUUGUACAGGGUCUUUUGACGCCAUCUCAGCUUCGGAUUAUGUAGCCAAGGCUAACCCAGGGUGGAACUUGGGCAACUCUCUCGAUGCUACCCCCAAUGAAACUUCCUGGAACAACGGGCCUGUUGAGGAAGCCACAUUCGACUAUAUCAAAUCUGCUGGAUUCAAAAGUGUUCGUCUUCCAGUUACAUGGACACACCACUUCACUAGAGGCUCGCCUGACUGGACUGUCGAUCCGAAAUGGUUGCAGAGAGUUUCUGAUGUUAUAGACAUGAUCACCUCUCGUGGCUUGUACACCAUUGUCAAUGUUCAUCACGAUUCAUGGGAAUGGGCCGAUGUCACUAAAUCCGAUGCCAACAUAACCCAAAUUGAGGAGAAAUUUUCUAAACUAUGGUAUCAGAUCGGUACUAAGUUGGCAUGCAAGUCAAGCUUGGUCGCUUUCGAAACCAUCAAUGAACCACCAUGCAAUACUGCUGAAGACGGUGCCAAGCUUAAUAGACUUAACGACAUAUUCCUCAGGGCGAUCAAUCGUGCGGGUGGCUUCAAUGCUAAUCGGGUCGUCAACCUAGUAGGCGGAGGCAUGGAUAGCGUGAAAACCUCGCAAUGGUUCAAGGCCCCUGCCAAUGUCACAAACCCCUGGGCUCUUCAGUUCCAUUUCUACAGUCCCUAUGAUUUCAUCUUCAGCGCUUGGGGCAAGACCAUCUGGGGCUCAGACUCAGAUAAGGCCGAGCUUGAUAGCACCUUCGAACUUCUUCGAGGCAACUUCACCGAUAUUCCCAUAAUACUUGGAGAAUUCGAUGCCUCCCCAACCAACACUGAACCUGCAGCACGCUGGAAGUAUCACGACUACCUUGUUCGCACCGCCAAGAAGUACAAUAUUAGUCCUAUCAUUUGGGACAAUGGACUCGACCAUCUGGACCGCGCAUCAGGCAUCUGGCGCGACCCAACAUCUAUCGAGAUCCUCACUAACGGGGGCAAGACCAACAGUCUCCCAGACAGCACAGAGGACACCGCUGCAACAAGCCAAUGGUCAUCGGCUUAUAUCUUCCAUAAAGUCGGAACAAAGGUCACCGAUCAAACUCUACCCUUCCUAUUCAACGACAACACCCUCAUCUCCAUUGAGGACUCCAAGGGAACCACCCUAAAGGCCAGCACAGACUACACGGUCUCCGGUUCCAACGUCACAUUCCUAGCCUCGCUCCUCUCUAACUAUUGCACGGAAACAUCCGAGCCAGGGCUUCUCCCCAACUUCACCCUCAAGUUCUCAUCAGGCGCCUCCCCCGUCGUUCAGAUCGUCCAAUGGGACACCCCUAGCCUCUCCUUCACCUCCGCUGCCGCCUUGUCCGUUUCUGGAUCUGACCUUUCCAUCCCCAUCACAUGGAGAGGGAUCCCCAAGCUUGCCUCUGUGAAGGCCCUCCUUAAAAAUGGCACAUACUUGGUUGACGAUUUCAGUAAAUGGUUUGGUCCUUUUGGCGAGGCAAGAACGACAUACAGCAGCCAAUGGAAUUGGGAUGAUAAGAACGUGAUUCUGACUGAGGCUGCCAUUGAGGCUGUUGUUGCCGCGGGUCAGGAUACCGUUUUCACCUUUGAGUUCUAUCCGCGUGUUGACUCGACGAGCAAUGCGGUCAAUUUCACUCUGACUGUCUAAGGGAUGAGUGUUGUUGUUUGAGUAAAUCUCACCGCCAUUAGUUUCUCAUUUUCUCUUCCUCGCCUUUAGCUUAUCCCAUUUGUUGUGUGGUAUUGGUUUU